AUGGAGCCCGAGUCAUUUGGAUUUCCAUUUGAACCCUAUUCGAUACAGAAAGAUUUCAUGACAGAGCUGUACAAAGUGCUAUCAGAUGGAAAGAUUGGGAUAUUCGAGAGUCCAACUGGCACUGGUAAAUCUUUGAGCCUCAUCUGUGGAUCGUUGAAAUGGCUAAAGGAUUGCGACGAAAAGGGUCUGGAGGUCCCUGAAUUGACUGUUCAACCCAAAGCAAACCAACCAGACUGGAUCACCGCACUGCACCAGCAAACUACCAACAGCAAAAAGCAGAUGGAAUUAGAGAAAAGGAAAGCAGAGUUUAAGAAGCGAAUUGACCGAGUGCGAGAAAAAGAGAACCAGGAGAUGUUUGAAUUAGCAACCAAGGAUAGAAGCAAAAAGCGAUUCAAACGUGGUGCGCAAGACAAGACAGAGAAAGCCGACGAUGAGUUUUUGCUAGAUGAUUACGAGAGUGAUGAUGAAAAGAAGACUGGAAACAAGACAGAUACCAAAUCCAACCUAUCCAAAGAAGUGCAAGAUUUGUUGGCUAAAUUCGAAUCUAAAAAGAAACCUUCUAUUGGAUAUGGCGAUGAUGAGGAUGACGAGGAUGAUGCUUUGCUAGAGGAACAAGUCAAGAUCUACUACGCUUCCAGAACCCAUUCCCAGCUCUCACAGUUUGUACAUGAAGUCAGCAAGACAGUCUAUGCCAGAGACAUAUACGAAGUGUCGCUUGCCUCGAGAAAAAACCUGUGUAUCAACCCUGAUGUGAAUAAGCUCGGGCAUGUCAACAAGAUCAACGAGGCCUGUUUGGACCUGCAAAAGAAGGGAUCAAAAAAGGGGCCAUGCAAGUAUUUACCUGCUGGAGACAAUACGGCAAAAUGGAACGAGUUUCGAGACCACGCAUUAGCCCAAGUGCGCGAUAUUGAGGAUUUAGUGACAGUGGGGGAGACACUAUCCACAUGUCCUUACUAUGGAUCCAGAAAUACUGUGAAAUCUGCCAGAUUGGUUGUGCUGCCGUACCAGCAUCUGCUCCAUGCUAGCACACGGGAAUCUCUGGGCAUCUCCUUGAAAAACAACAUUGUCAUUAUCGAUGAAGCACACAAUCUGAUGGAAACCAUGACAUCUAUCUACACCGUAUCACUUUCACUGCACCAAAUUCAGCUGGCCUGGAACCAACUCAACUUGUACAUUCAAAAAUAUAGAUCACGACUGCUAGGAAAGAAUGUAGUGUAUAUCAAGCAGAUCCUAAACAUCAUCAAAAUCCUAGUUCGCCAUUUGACUCCAAAAGACGAAGCACAACGCAAAGAUUCUGUGAUGCGAGUAAAUGACUUUCUUCAUGCUGCAUCAAUUGACCACAUCAACAUGUUCAAGAUUCAAAACUACUUGCUAGUCAGCAGCCUUGCUCGCAAGUUAAAUGGUUUUAUCGACAAGGCAAGAGAAAAGGAGGAGGAAGACAGGCAAAAGGAGCUCCUAAAGAAUCCCAAAGCAACACCUGCCAAACCCUCACCGUCAUUGACUUCCUCCACAUUGACCCUCACGCAGAUUGAAAGCUUCUUGAUGGCAUUGACCAACCCAGACAAGGAUGGGCGUAUUGUUACAAGCUUUGGCAAUGCAGAGAAUCCAGGUGUAACGAUCAAGUACAUGUUGUUGAAUCCAGCCGAUGCUUUUCAGCCUAUUGUGGACCAAGCCAGAAGCAUUAUUUUAGCAGGUGGUACCAUGGAGCCAAUUUCAGAUUUCUUAAACCAUCUAUUUCCCUCUGUACCUGAAUCCAAGAUUGCCCAUUUUACAUGUGGUCAUAUUAUACCCCCCACCAAUCUUGCCACUAUCACAUUGGACGCAGGGCCAACUGGGCAGCCACUGAUAUUCAACUACGAAAGCAGACAAGAUACGAAAUUGAUGGAUGAAGUAGGCAAUACCAUUGCUAAUUUGUGCAAUGUCAUCCCCGAUGGUAUUGUGUGCUUCUUUCCCAGUUUCACCUAUCUGGAGCAAGUGUACAAGCGAUGGGAAACCGCUGAAAAUGGUGCCAUACUCCAGCGCAUUGAAAAGAAGAAAAGAGUGUUUAAAGAGCCCAGAGAGAGCAAUCAAGUAGAGACGACAUUGCGAGACUACGCCAUGCAGAUCGAUUCACCCGACAAAAGUAUAGGAGCACUCUUGCUGUGUGUAGUGAAUGGUAAGAUGUCUGAGGGUAUCAACUUUUCAGACAGCUUGGGCCGUGGUGUCAUUAUGAUUGGACUCCCCUUUGCCAACAGAGGAUCUGUCGAGUUGAUGGAAAAAAUGAAAUACGCUCAACAGUACUCGGCAAGAAAUGCAAAUGCAGGCACUGAAUACUACGAAAACCUGUGUAUGCGCGGUGUCAAUCAAUCCAUCGGUCGUGCCAUUCGUCAUCGAGGAGACUAUGCUACUAUCAUUUUACUGGACAAAAGAUAUGCUACACCACGUAUUGGCAAGAAGCUACCCAAAUGGAUUGGAGAGCAUGUAGAGCAUGUGGAUAAAUUUGGCUUGAUUAUGAGCAAAACGUCGAAAUUCUUUAGAGAAAAAAAAAGGUUUAGCUAA